AGCACACAACACAAUUGACAGUUUCUUGCUGAAGAAAUUUUUCGAGUUCUGCAUUCAAUCUGCUGAUUUUCUUUUGGAAUUUAGUGCAAAAUUAAUGUUUUAGCUUAAAUUUAAUAUCAAAUUAGCAUUUUGUGCAGUUAAAUUACGCAAUACACUCGACAUUUAGUUGCUUAAGUCAGAAAAAGCACGAAUAUGGAGGAUAUAUUUCAUUGGUGUCGUGAGGGAAACUCGAUACAAGUGCGCCUUUGGCUGGAAGAUACGGGCAAUGAUAUGAAUUUAGGUGACGAUCAUGGCUUUAGCCCUCUGCACUGGUGUGCCAAAGAAGGUCACACAAAAUUGGUGGAAACUCUAAUACAACGUGGUGCGCGCGUUAAUGCUACCAACAUGGGUGACGACAUUCCCCUACAUCUAGCCGCUGCUCAUGGUCAUCGCGAUAUAGUGCAACUGCUAAUACGUGAACGAUCGGAUGUGAAUGCUGUCAAUGAACAUGGCAAUACACCACUCCACUAUGCCUGCUUUUGGGGUUACGAUUUGAUUUGCGAGGAUUUGGUGAAUGCCGGAGCUAUAGUCUCCAUCGCCAACAAGGACAACGAUACGCCAUUGGAUAAAGCAAAGCCUAGUUUGUCAAAGCGUCUGCAUGAUUUGGCAGAACGCAACGGUCAUGACAUCAAGAAAAUAAGCUUCAAAGAGCAAAGUUGGUUGGGCACCAAGACCCGGUCACGCGAUGCCACACUCUCCCGCUUUAAGGGCAUAAAUUUGGGCGAACUAGAUUUGCAAUCGAAAAUAGCUGUAACACCGUCUGGCGAGACAUGGCGCGGGCGUUGGCAAAAGAAUGAUGUUAUUGCAAAGAUUCUAGCGGUGCGCCAUUGUACAGCGCGCAUAUCGCGUGAUUUUAACGAGGAGUUUCCGAAAUUACGUAUCUUCUCACAUCCGAAUAUAUUGCCAAUAAUUGGGGCUUGCAAUCAGCCGCCAAAUCUAAUUACAAUUAGCCAAUUUAUGACACGUGGUUCGCUCUUUAAUUUGCUGCACCGCGCCACUGGUAUUGUUGUGGAUACGGCGCAAGCAGUGCGUUGCGCCUUGGAUAUUGCGCGCGGUAUGGCAUAUCUGCAUUCGUUGGAACGCAUUAUUCCCACAUAUCAUCUAAACAGUCACCACGUCAUGAUCGAUGAUGACCUUACAGCACGUAUUAAUAUGGGCGAUGCGAAAUUUUCGUUCCAAGAGAAAGGACGCAUUUAUCAGCCGGCUUGGAUGUCGCCCGAGGCAUUGCAACGUAAGCCGUCCGAACGGAAUUGGGAAGCGUGUGAUAUGUGGAGUUUUGCAAUAAUUUUGUGGGAAUUAACUACACGUGAAGUGCCUUUUGCCGAAUGGUCGCCCAUGGAAUGUGGCAUGAAGAUUGCCCUGGAGGGUCUGCGUGUUAAAAUACCACCCGGCACUUCGUCGCAUAUGGCUAAACUGAUUACAAUUUGCAUGAAUGAGGAUGCCGGCAAGCGACCGAAAUUCGAUAUGGUUAUACCGAUUUUGGAUAAGAUGAAACGUUAACGAGAAUUGCGUUGAACUGCCUUUGAA